CUUUCGAUAUUAGUUAGUGUUGAGUAACGAAAAUGCAACAACGUAUUUGUGAUGUAUUUAAAUUAUUACGAAGAAAAUGCUGGUGAAGAAAAUAGUUUUAAUUGCGUUUUUCUGCAUCAAUGUAAUCAGGUGCAAGAGAUCCUGCAAAGUGCGUAAUAAUUGUACAGCAUCCUGCGAAGGAGGCAACUACACGGAAUUAAGUAACAUGUAUAUCUGCAUAAACUUGAAAACGGUUCAAUUGGGAUUCAACAAUCUGGACGCGAAAGCGCUUCAAAACAUAUCGCGAUACAAAAUUGACGAACUGUUUUUGAAUAACAACGGACUUGCGAGCGUAGAGCAAAUUUUCCAACGUUCGAACAUUCGUAAGCUCUAUUUAGAAGAUAACAAUAUUUCCGCGCUGGAAACGGAUUCUUUUAAGGAUAAUCAUCCUUUGGAGGUAUUGUCGUUGCACCAUAACAGGAUUCAUGUGAUGCACGAAAAUUCGAUUCCAAAAGCGAAAGAAAUUCAUCUGAACAACAAUUUGAUUCAGGCGGUGAAUGCGAACAUGUUUGUCGAUAUAUCAUACACGAGUGUACUCAUAUUUGAUUAUAACGUUAUAAAAAUGAUUGAAACUGUGUCCUUUAGAGGGUUGAAGGCGAAGCAAUUGCAUUUAAGAUAUAAUCGUAUAGAUUAUUUAGAAGCGAACUCGAUUCCUGCAGUAGAAGAAGUGUAUCUGACUGGAAAUAGAUUAAUUUCAAUUAACGCUUUUGUCUUCGUCAACAUCUCAUCCGUUUCGAUCUUACACAUAGAUUUCAAUAAUUUAUCAAACAUUGUGGACAACACUUUCCUCGAGUCUCGUAUGAGAGAACUGAAUUUGGACUCGAAUAAAAUUAACAGGAUUAAUGCGAAUACAUUCGCAGGAAUGAAGGGUUUAGUGAAUCUAACUUUAUCCAAUAAUUUUAUUGAAUAUCUGGAAAUCAGUUCUUUACCGAACGUGAGAAAUCUGCAGUUACAAUUCAAUUUUAUUAGAAGCAUUGAUACAAGCAAGUUCCAAGAUUUUCAUCAAUUACUCAGUCUUAAUGUAAGCUACAACUGUAUUCCAGAAUCAAAUACUGAUAAGUGGAAGAAUGAGAUUAGAAUUUCUAAUGUGAAAUCUGAAGAGAUGUGCAGAAAUAUACACGAAAUCGUCAUUUGGGUGGUCAUUUUAGUGUUGUUAAUUAUCGUCGUAAUCGUUGCAUCAACAAUUUUGUAUAGGCGAUAUUCAAGUGAGUGGACAAAAGAAAUGUUUAAGGAAAAUCUUAGUAUUCGAAGUGCAGCAUUUAAAAUGUUAACAAGUGUCUUAAUAUUUCUGGCAAUUGCUUGGAUCGACGUAAUCAGUUCUGAUAAUAGUAGUGUAUGUGAAGUGGAUAAAAAAUGUUUCGCGGAUUGUGAGAAUCACAUAUACACAUACAUUAGAAAUAAUCAUAAUUGUAACUCCUCGAUUUCUAUCCUGAAAUUGGGAUCAAGUAAUAUAAUGUUGAACGAUUUGAUUCAGUUCGAGUAUUAUAAUAUUGAAUUUCUGCAUUUGAAUAAUAAGAGCUUGGAUAAAAUAGAUGAUGUUAUAAACAAAAUGAAUGUUAGUAAACUGAAUAUGGAUAAUAACAAGAUUGUGAUGUUGAACUCAUCUUGCUUUAGAAAUGAGUCUUCAUUUAAGCUCUUAUCGUUGAAUAAUAAUUCAAUCAAGGUAAUAGAAACCAAAUCGAUACCGAAAGCCAAGGAUAUUUAUUUGAACCAAAAUUUCAUCGAAAUAAUAUUAGCGGACAUGUUCGUUGAUAUUACAUUAGUAGAGAUGCUGCAUCUAGAAAACAACUGUCUAAAAACACUGACAGAUAAGUCGUUGACAGGUUUGACAGCUAGCCGAUUGACGUUGAGAUAUAAUGAGAUCGAAAAAUUAGAAGCCAACUCGAUUCCCACGGUGCAACAAGUGUACCUUAAUAGAAACCGCUUGGAAUCUCUGGAUGCGAACAUCUUCGUUAACAUAUCUUACAUAGGCAUACUCGACUUAAGUUCGAACAAUAUAAGCAAUAUUUCGGAAGGCACGUUCAAAGACGGUUACUUUUCGGUAUUGAAUUUAUAUUUCAAUAAUAUUACGAAAAUAACAAAAAAGACGUUUUCUGGACUAACUAGGACGUUGAAUUUGUCAUUGUCGCACAAUGAGAUCGAAGUUUUGGAAGACGGUUCGAUACCGAGAGUGGAAAAUUUAGAUUUGGAGAAUAAUCCUCUUAAGGGAAUCCACGAGGCAGAGUUCAGUGAUUUGACGUAUCUGAAGGAAGUUAAAGUAACAUCCAAAGAUGAUUUUGAUAUCUCGUUGCCCAACGAUGUUAUAGUUUUAAAUUCGGGUGUAAUGGUCAAACAUUACGGAAUGUUUCAUUUUAUUAUACGGAAGAGUACAGUUUACGCAAUAGGUGGCGUUAUUUUGAUCAUUUUCGUUGCGAUAGUAAUUGGAAUAAUUGCGAAAAACCAAUGUUCAAAACGUUCCAGGGUGACUCAGCAUAAUUCUGUACAUUUGGGAAAGGAGGUGAGAAAUAGAGAAUUACCUGAAGUUUCAGCGUCUGGUGCCCAGUACAACGAAUACGAAGAAAUUGAUCCAACAGCUGAAUCAUUAAUAUAUUCAAAGGAGAAUGAUUUUUAUGGCGUACAGAUAGAGAAUAAUGGAUUACAAAUUGAAAUAUUGAAUAUUAAUUACAAUAAUAUAACGGAAUUGAAAACAGGUAUGUUUGAAGAAAGCGAAUCUUUCAGAACCGUAUCACUGGGAAAUAAUCAAAUUAAGGUUUUGCAACGAAAUUCGAUCCCUAAGGCAUUCUUUUUAUAUCUCAACAAUAAUUUGAUUGAACUGUUAAAUACAGACAUGUUUAUUGACAUAUCCUACGUUAAAUGCUUACAUUUGAAUAAUAAUCGUUUAAAGAAGAUUACGGCUUUAACACUGAUGGGUUUAAAAGCAAUUACUUUGGAAUUAAGCCAUAAUCAGUUAGAAGAUUUAGAAGACAGAUCAAUACCGGAAGUAGAAAAAUUGUUCAUGAAUAACAAUAAACUGACAUCAAUUAAUUCAAAAAUGUUCCUUAAUAUUUCGCACUUGUCAACCCUCGAAUUGAUUUAUAAUAGAAUCAUCGAUAUAACGAAUUGGAACUUUAAAAAUUCCAACCUGAGUAUACUCAAAUUAAAUUAUAAUAAAAUAUUCAAAAUAACGCAAAAGUCUUUUUCGGACAUGAAGAUGUUAAUGAAUUUAUCGCUAACAAAUAAUCUGAUUUCAUCGCUGGAAAUGAAUUCAAUACCGAAAGUGAAAUAUCUAAAUUUGAGUUACAAUUUACUUACAUCCAUUGAAGCAAACGUGUUCUCCGAACUGGACCAUCUAAAGAUCUUGGAUAUAAGGUACAAUUGUAUCAAAGAGACAGAUUUGAAAUUGAUGGAACAAGUAUUGAUUUUGAAUGGAGAAAUUAACGAAAAGUGCAUGCUGAACAGUAAUCGUAUGACGGAAAUGGACAUAUUUUUGAUAUCAAAAAUUGCAGUUCUUGCAGUUAGUAUAGUCAUAUUGGUUGUGGCUAUAGCCGCUAUUCUAAUAAGAGUAUAUUCAAGACGUCAAGCUCAAACUUCAGUGAGUUUCGAAAAAUCGAAGAAGGAUAGAGAGCAACAAGUGGAAGAAUUAAAGGCCGUUUCUAAAAGCGAGGAACACAUUUAUGAAGAGAUUAACGAAAAACUUGAAUCAGUGGAAUAUUCGAAAGAAAACGAUAUCUAUGGAGUUACGAAUUAGAUGUACAUCUAUACCUCGUAUAGUGCGGCUAAUCUGUUUUAAACCGGACUAAUCGAGGAAAUAAAUACAUGCAAUUAAAAACUUAUGUACUUAUUUAAAUGAAAUUUGAUAAUCAGGAUGGAAAUGUAACGAUUUAUAUGUCAAUAAGCAACAUCAGAUGAAUACAUCAACAGUACCUGUUCCACCAAUAACCUAGACUGUUUGAAACCGGACUACUCGAGGACAUUAAAAGCGCAUAAAAAUAAGCUACACAAAUAAAGAGACUUGACUGAAGAAAG